CACUGCUGCGUGCCAUCCAUCAGCCCUUUGUGUUUGCUGGGCCCCCAUUUGGAGCCCUUUGCAAUGGGGAGGCUGUUUACGCUUCUGUUCCUGAGUGUGUUUUCAGGCUUGGUCCCGGUGGGGAAGAUUAUUAUUAUUAUUCUCGGUGGAAAACAGGGUUGGGUAUCACGCAUGUCCGCACAUUGUCAAAUAGCUCAUUGGAGGCUCUGAAAAUUAAUAUUGCGCCUUCAUUAGAUAGUUUACUAUAUGCGUAAAAUUACAUUGGGACAUUUGAAUACAGUAACAUUUGGCAAUAAUGAACCAGACAGAGAAGGAUGAGCAAGAUGUGCCUCCAUAUCUUAACAGUGAGCCCCCAGAAGAUUCAGUAAAAGAUCAUCCGCAACAACAGCCUGGCAUGCUUACCCGGGUGACUGGCGGCCUUUUCAGCAUAACCAAGGGAGCUGUCGGUGCCACAAUUGGUGGUGUAGCAUGGAUAGGAGGAAAAAGCUUUGAAGUGACCAAAACAGCAGUAACAGCUGUGCCUUCCAUGGGAGUAGGAUUAGUUAAAGGAAGUGUUUCAGUUGUGACAGGAAGUGUUACAGCUGUAGGAUCUGCUAUCUCAAGCAAAGUGCCUUUAUCUGGGAAGAAAAAGGAUAAAUCUGAUUAAAGAAAUUCAGUUUUGUUGAGGACCAUAUGUGGCUAUGGGACCUACACGAUUUGGACUACUGUAAGGUCACCAUUCUGGAGGAAUAUCUAAAGAACUGAAAGAAUUACUUUCUCCUGCAAGGGACAUUAACAGCCUGGUAUCACAGAAACUUUAGAUUUCUUCAGGAACUUGUCUGGUGAAAUAUUACACUUGAUUU